UCGCGAACGAUCACACAAUAAACGGAAACGGCAACUCGCACCGGUCUUGUGUUCAAUAUUUCUCACAUAGCUGUGAAAUGAGGUCAAUAUGGGGGCCAAAGAGUCAAGGAUAGGUUUCCUCUCGUAUGACGAGGCCAUAAAGAGAGUGACAGAUGUGGAGUUGCGGAGGCUGAAGGAUGCCUUUAAGCGCACCAGCGGCCUGGCCUGCUACAUGACCCAGCAGUGCUUCUACAGGGAGGUGCUGGGAGACGCCGUGCCCCCCAAAGUGGCAGAGGUCAUCUACAGCUCGUUUGGGGGUACGGCGAAAGGUCUGCACUUUAAUAAUCUCAUUGUGGGACUCGUGCUGCUCACCAGGGGGAGAGAUGAAGAGAAAGCCAAGUACAUCUUCAGCCUGUUCGCCAGCGAGUCGGGCAGCCAUGCCACGCGCGAGGACAUGGAGGGCAUGCUCCAGGCGGUGGACGGAGAGAUCCCCACCUCGCUCAGGAAGUUCUUCACUGAGGGGGAGAAGGUGAACUAUGAGAAGUUUAAGAGCUGGCUGCUGCAGAAUAAAGAGGCCUUCACCUUCUCCCGCUGGCUCCUGUCCGGUGGCGUGUCCGUCACCCUGACGGACGACAGCGACACGCCCACUUUCUACCAGACCCUGGCCGGAGUCACGCACCUAGAAGAAUCGGACAUUAUUGACUUGGAGAAGCGCUAUUGGCUGUUGAAGGCUCAGUCAGGGACAGGCCGAUUUGACCUGGAGACGUUUGUCCCGCUGGUAUCUCCCCCCAUACACACCUCACUGAGUGAAGGUCUGUUCCACGCCUUUGAUGAGAACCGGGACAAUCACAUCGACUUUAAGGAGAUCUCCUGUGGGCUGUCUGCUUGCUGCCGUGGGCCCAUCGCUGAGAGACAGAAGUUUUGUUUCAAAGUGUUUGACGUGGACCGAGAUGGAGUCCUCUCCCGGGCGGAGAUUCAGGACAUGAUUGUUGCGCUGCUGGAGGUCUGGAAGGACAACCGCACAGACUCCCUUCCUGAACAGCAUGCCAAUGUGUCUGACAUUGUGGAUGACAUUUUGAAGAUGCAUGACACCACCAAGUUAGGGCACUUAACUCUGGAGGAUUACCAGAUGUGGAGUGUGAAGAGUGCUCUGGCCAAUGAGUUUCUCAACCUGCUCUUUCAGGUGUGUCACAUCGUUCUGGGGCUGCGGCCGGCCACGCCCGAGGAGGAGGGCCAGAUUAUCAGGGGUUGGUUGGAGAGGGAAAGCCGGUAUGGCCUGCAGCCGGGACACAGCUGGUUCCUCAUCUCCAUUCAGUGGUGGCAGCAGUGGAAGGACUACGUCCAAUAUGAUAACCGGCCAAUCGUGGGGGACCAGCCCUCUGUCCUGGGAGUGGGGCGGGGCCAGCACUGGGGGACGUCUGUGACAGUAAUUUCGGACCAGGUCGGCAUGCCGAACUGCAGCCUAUCGGAGGAGAAGUUCUGUGAUGACAUCUCCAGCUCGUCAGAGGCCUCAGAGGACAACGGUGGCCUCCAUGCCUCCAGUUCUCCAGUGACAGACUGCUUCCCCCGGGCCCACAGCCACAGCCCCCCUGACAGCCAGACCCCCAACGGGAUCCUCCUGCCCCCCCUGGCAGCACAGAGGCCCGGGGCCAUCGACAACCAGCCGCUGGUCACGCCCGAACCCGUGAAGGCUCCCACCCUGACCCUGGAGGGAGGGAGGCUCCGACGGACCCAGAACCUUCUCCCAUCCCGGGACUUUGAGACGGUGCCGGAGCCUGUCUGGAGGGCCCUCUAUCACUGGUACGGGGCCAACCUGAGCCUGCCCCGCCCGGUGAUCCGGCAGACUAAGACAGGCUGCCCAGAGCUGGAGCUCUUUCCCUGCUACCUGCUGUUCCUACGGCAACAGCCGGCCUCCCGCACGCCCCAGUCCAACAUCUGGGUGAAUAUGGGUAUGAGCAGCCUGCGAAUGCAGCCGCUUCCCCGAGGUAACGUGCCGCCCUGCAGCGCCCCUCUGAAGCGGCUGCUGGCCUACACGGGCUGCUUCAGCAGGAUGGCCUCCAUCAGGGACGUGCACCUGCACCUGUCCCAGCGGCUCCGCAUCAAGGACGAGGACCUGCGGCUCUGGCUCUACAACGGAGAGAAUUACCUGACCCUGCUGGACGACGAGGAGCACACCCUGGAGAGUCUGAAGAUCCAGGACGAGCAGCACUUGGUGAUAGAAGUUCGAAAUAAAGACAUGAGCUGGCCAGAGGAGAUGUGCUUCAUCGCGAACAGCAGUAAGAUGGACAGACACAAAGUCCCCACAGAGAAAGGAGCAACCGGCCUCAGCAACCUGGGCAACACCUGCUUCAUGAACUCCAGCAUCCAGUGUGUCAGCAACACCAAGCCCCUGACCCAGUACUUCAUCUCUGGCAGACACCUGUUCGAGCUCAACAGGACCAACCCGAUUGGUAUGCGUGGUCACAUGGCCAAAUGCUACGGCGACCUGGUGCAGGAGCUGUGGAGCGGCACCCAGAAGAACGUGGCCCCUCUGAAGCUAAGGUGGACCAUAGCGAAGUACGCCCCGCGGUUCAGUGGCUUCCAGCAGCAGGACUCUCAGGAGGUGCUGGCGUUCCUGCUGGACGGGCUGCACGAGGACCUGAACCGCGUUACCCACAAGCCCUACGUGGAGCUGAAGGACAGCGACGGCCGCCCCGACUGGGAGGUGGCCUCCGAGGCUUGGGAUAAUCACCUCAGAAGGAACCGCUCUAUUGUGGUGGACCUGUUCCAUGGCCAGCUCAAAUCCCAGGUGAAGUGCAAGACCUGCGGGCACAUCAGCGCCCGCUUCGACCCCUUCAACUUCCUGUCUCUACCUCUGCCCAUGGACAGCUCCAUGCACCUGGAGAUCACAGUGAUUAAGCUGGACGGCUCCACGCCGGUGCGGUUCGGCCUGCGGUUGAACAUGGAUGAGAAGUACACGGGGCUGAAGAGGCAGCUGAGCGAGCUCUGCUGCAUGAAGCCGGAGCAGAUCCUCCUGGCCGAGGUGCACUCGUCCAACAUCAAGAAUUUUCCGCUGGAUAACCAGAAAGUGCGUCUCUCGGUGAACGGAUUUCUCUGUGCAUUUGAGAUCCCUGUGCCCGGGUCCCCCACAUCUGUGACUUCUCCCACCCAAACUGAGGCUCCAGCCGUGCUGAAUGGAACAGGGGCCAUCACAGCGGAUGGAGGCGCUCUGCGGCCGAGCCUGAUUCCCAACGGGGUGGCACACUCCGGCCCUGAGCGCAGCCUGGCCAACGGGGUCCCCAACGGCCACGUCCUGCCCCAGGACAGCCCCUUCAUCGGCUACAUCAUCGCCAUGCACAGGAAGAUGAUGCGGACAGAGCUGUACUUCCUGUCCUCGCAGAAGAACCGGCCCAGUCUGUUUGGGAUGCCGCUGAUCGUGCCCUGUACGGUGAACACGCGCACACGGGACCUGUACGACGCCGUGUGGAUACAGGUGUCUCGACUGGCCAGCCCCCUGCCCCCACAGGAGGCCAGCAACCAUGCCCAGGACUGUGAUGACAGCCUGGGUUACCAGUACCCCUUCACUCUGCGUGUGGUGCAGAAGGAUGGAAACUCCUGCGCCUGGUGUCCCUGGUACAGGUUCUGCAGAGGCUGCACGGUGGACUGUAAUGAGGACAGGGCCACUCUGGGUAACGCUUACAUUGCUGUGGACUGGGACCCCACCGCCCUGCACCUGCGAUACCAGACCUCCCAGGAGAGGAUAGUGGAGGAGCACAGCAGUGUGGAGCACAGUCGCAGGGCUCAGGCCGAGCCGGUCUCUCUGCACAGCUGCCUGCGGGCCUUCACCAGCGAGGAAGAGCUGGGGGAGGACCAGCUGUACUACUGCUCCAAGUGCCACGCCCACCGGCUUGCCACCAAGAAGCUGGAACUGUGGAGGCUACCGCCCAUCCUGAUAGUUCAUUUGAAGCGGUUCCAGUUUGUGAACGGGCGCUGGAUCAAGUCUCAGAAGAUUGUGAAGUUUCCGCGGGAGAGCUUUGACCCCAGCACGUUCCUGGCUCCCCGGGAGGGGCCGGGCCAGCCGGGCCUGGGGGAGGGGCUUGGGGAGGAGCCUGUGAAGCUGGGGGGAGGGGACAUCGGGAGCUCCGCCCCCCUCUCUGUGGCUGGGUUUCCCAGCAAUGUGAAAGGCGUGGGUAAGAAGUCCAGCAGGACCAGCAGCCCUUGCAGCAGCCCGAGGGGCGGGGCUCGGAGGCAGGGCCGUCUGCGUCUGCCCCAGCUGCCCCAGCUGCCCCAGCUGCCCCAGCUGCCCCAGCUGCCCCAGCUGCCCCGGCCUCGCCUGUCCCACAGCAAGGAGAGCCUGGACUGCAGCGUCGCCAUGGAGACCGAGCAGGGCGCGGCCCCGGACGGCUGGUCUCUGGACGCCUCCGGCCCCGACUGCGAUGUCGUCAUGGUGAAUGGGCUGGGGCCCGAUGUCGCCCCAGACAACAGCCAAUCCCAGGCCAGCCUGGAGCCUGACACCGCCCCCCGCCCCAGAGACGACAUCUGCUUGGACCCCGUGUACAACCUUUAUGCAAUUUCAUGCCAUUCAGGGAUCCUGGGCGGGGGCCAUUAUGUGACAUAUGCAAAAAACCCCAACGAUAAAUGGUACUGUUACAACGACAGCAGCUGCAAGGAAGUGCAGUCGGAGGAGAUUGACACAGACUCCGCCUACAUCCUGUUCUACGAGCAGCAGGGAGUGGACUACUCCCAGUUUCUGCCGAAGACGGAUGGAAAAAAGAUGGCCGACACCAGUAGCAUGGAUGAGGACUUUGAGUCCGACUACAAGAAGUACUGCGUGCUGCAGUGAUGGUGCACUCUUCUGGCCCCGCCCCCGUGCUGACGCCCGCACUCACAGCUGUGGAACAGAAGCACAAAGCCAGGCAGCAGGAGUGCCGGAGCGUCAGGCAGCGGGAAUUCUGGAGAACGGGAACGCAGAGAGUGGGAGAACUGGAGCGCCGUCCUGGGCCUUGACUGCUGUUUUUGAAAGCAGUACUUGUGCACCGUUUUGGGCGCCUCUCUCUCUCUCUCUCUCUCUCUCUCUCUCCCUCUCCCUCUCCCUCUCCCUCUCCCUCUCUCUCUUUCUCUCUCUCUCUCUCUCUGAGAUGAGACAGUGAGGUUUAGUGUUACGGUUGCCAAAUCGAACAAAUGUCCCCUUGCUAUAAGCACUAACAGGAAUGAGGUCAGUGUCGGCAUCGUCGAUGAACCUGAAAAAGCUGCCACGGCUUGUCUGAAAACAUGGUGUACUGUGUAUAGAGUACUGACGUACAUACAUACUUACUGACAUACAUACACAUAGUACUGACAUGCUUAUAUACUGACAUACAUACAGUACUGACAUACAUAUAGUGACAUAUACAUACAGUCCUGACAUGCAUUUACGCAGUGCUGGCAUGCACUUGUGCACCAUAUUUCUGGGUGAGCUCACUUGCCACACUUUGAUGUCAAAUAUGUUUUUCUGUAGGCUGGGUGCCUGCAGCCAAUCGAAUGUGUCCAAACGUGGCCAUGUCUGCUAUGAGGUGUCUGUCAGUCAUUUGAUAUUCACAAACCCAUCUCGUCAUUAAAAGGCUCAAAGAGCUGUAAGAUGCUCUGCGAUGCUGUCAGUAGAAAACCUCAUGCUACCUCAGUUUGUUUCUGUUGUUGUUGCUUGUGGCAAUGGUAACAUGCUCUGAAAUUCAAAGCGGGAACUCUGUCGACAGUAUUACCAUUUCAUACAGUCCCCUCUGAAAGUUGCUUUAGCAGUUCACUGAAACAUUUGGGGCUGCGCUAAAAAGAUGAGCGCGAGACAAUAUUUCAGAAAUUCAUCUUUUAUUUUCAGGUAUUUACACCUAGAUGUGUUAAACUACUUAAAACAUAGCACCUUUGGUAUCAGAACACCCGAUUUUUAGGUGAGCAAAAGUAUUGGAACAGAGAGUAAAUGACACUUAUUAUUUGGUAGCAUAUACCUUAGCUUCCAAUACCUCCAUCCAGCUUGCGACCCACUGACAUCACCAAACUGUUGCAUUCUUCUUUUCUGAUGCUUUUACAGGCUUUUACUGCGGCCUCUUUCAGUUUCAGUUUCGGGGGGGGUUUUCCUUCAAUCUCCUCUUUUGGAGGUGAAAUGCAUGCUCAAUUGGGUUAUUGCUUCAUGAGCAGGUCCCUUCUUUCUCCACACUUUGGCCUUUCCAUCACUUUGGUAGAGGAUAAUCUUGGUCUCAUCAGUCCAUAAAACUUUGAUCCAGACCUUUUGUGGCUUACUUCUUCGCAAAUUGUAAUCUCAUCUUCCGAUUCUUACUACUGAUGACUGGUUUGCAUCUUGUGGUAUAGCCUCUAUAUUGCUGCUCUCCAAGUCUUCUUUGAACGGUUGAUUGAGAUACCUUCACCCCCGCCCUGUGGGUUUUUCUUCACAGCUCUCACAAUAUGUCUGUUGCUCAGUAUUCCAGCGGUUUCUUUCUUUUUCAGGGCAUUCCAUGUUGUUGUACAAGCUAUCCCCAAUGCUUGUGCAAUGGUUCUGAUAAAUUUCCCCUCUUCAAAAUGGCUUGCUUUUCUCCCAAAGACAGCUCUCUGGUCUUCAUGUUGGUUGAUCUUGAACACAAAUGCAGUCUUCACAGUCAAAACCGAUAGUAGACAUUCAGAACUAUUUCUUGUUUAAUCAUUCGAUCUAACAGGACAUAUCUGGGCAACAAGAAACACCUGUCGGUCACAUGUUCCAAUACUUUUGCUUACCUAAAAAUUGGGUGGUCUGAUACAAAAAACUAGAUAAAAAUACCAGGAAAUAAAAGCUGAAAUUCGGAUCUGUCAUCUCGUGUACAUCUUUUGACCUCAAACUUAACUGUCCGCAGUGUAUAGCAAAAACAAAGUUUUUUUGACCUUGCUGUUCCAAUACUUUUGGAGGGGACUGUAUUUGCCCCAACACCCUCCCCUGUUGUCCUACCCAGGGGUAUGUGAGUAUGAGUCGGCUUCGUGAAUGAGAUGCACCCGUCUCUGAAAAAGAGAUUCAUCAAUUUCUCUCAGCAACUGCCAAAACUGGACACCAUAUCACAAGUACUUGUAGCAUUAAGCAGAUUGGGUAUGCGUUUUAUGGUCUUUUUUUUAAAUUGGAUGUUUAAAUUACCAUUCAGUACAUUGUCAUGAUAGGUGCCAUAUGGAAUGUUUCAAAAAGGAGGAGACAGUUAAAAGUAUAUAUUUUUAUUAGCUCAUUUCUUCCCCUUUGUACUUAUUUUUAUAGUUGUUCAUUAGGUUUUGUCUUGGAUGGGAUUUGUCUGUAUGCACCCAUAAUUAUCUUCCAUUUGUCAAUAACCAGUGUCACAAAACACAUAUUUGUUUACACCGUCUUUGUUUAAAAACCAGUAUCAUUAUCUGCUCAUUUAUAAAUUAAUAUUUGCCAUCCUAAAGGCUUUAUGACAUUGAUACUUUCAUAAUCAGAUUUGCAGAGGGAAGAAUGAUCAGCUUAUGAAUUAAAAAAACUGAAUCAUUCUUUUUUGGCGAAAUUGCGUACAAAUCAGAUUUUCUGAUUAUUUGAACCUGUUAUCUGUUGUUAUGUCGAGCUGUGGAAAGCUCACCUUGUCAGACCAAAGUAUUUCUGCUCAAUAUCAACCCCGAGAGUAUUCUGUGCUUUAGAGAGGUUGGAUGCGGUACAUGAGUGUUGUAAACUGAACUGUGUUUCCCGUCAGCGUGGCUUCAUUGUCCCAGGACUGUGUGAGAAUAUUUUGCUUAAUUGGAGCAGAGCUGUCCAAUCCUGGACCUGGAGAUCAGUCUUGAGGGUUUAGGGGACACCUGUGAACCAGAAUCUGAAAGCCACCUGGAGCAAAAAGGAGUUGAUGGGCCAGAUUCACAGAAACACAGGUUAAGCUCAGUCCAGGACUACAUUGAAUCUCCAUUCAAAAUUGAACUUGAGGCUAAAUCUGUGUCUGGGAAACUGGCCCUGAAUGUCCCAUCCGGUCAGUGGCUGCAGUCCUUGAGCUCGGACCCUAGACUGGAGAGCAGACCUGUGCGGGUGUAGUCUGAGACCCCCCACUGUGGCCCCCCACUGUGGCCCCACACAUUCCCUCACACAUUAGCACAGCCACAGAGAGGUCAGGCAGAGGUGGAUUGUGGGUAGAAACCCCGCGCUGGGCAACGGGCGGAACUCUGUGGGCUGCAGGCUGGCCUGCUGAGCUGCAGUGAGCCCCCAAAUUUAAACCCCUUUAUUUAAACUGUAAACCGUUCACAGUAAGCCACUGAAUGUAGAAAAAGUAAAACCUAAAAUUAAAAGUAUUACAGGACAUGGAAAGGGAGGGAGACCUGAAUAUGAAAUCCCUGCUCACACCUACACGUCUGUCAGUACAGGGCUACCACUGUACGGGAGUGCUACCUGUGGGUGUGUCUGUUCGCUUCACCUGAACAGGAAGUGACUUCACCUAAACAGGAAGCCAUCUCCCCCAGUCUUUCAGCAUUGUACACGUGUACGAGCAAGAACCCAGAUGGCUCUUUCUUCAUUUUAAAACACUCAUUUAAAGCCUUUGGAAGCGUUAUCCUGUUAAUUCAGGCAUAUGCUGGCGUCGAGCUAGAGGCCCAGGUGUGUUGUCAGGUAGUGCAGUGUACUACUGAGCUGUUUGUCUUUUGUUUGUUUUUGCUGUACAUUUUUUUUGUUAAAUUAAUUCUGAGAUGUAAUAAUUUAAUCAACUUUAUUUUGUAAAGUGUUUAAAGAAUAAAAAUGACAUUGCACUGACAGAAAAAUGUACAUAAAGUGUUUUGUAAAUAAAAUGAUGUACGGGGAAAUGAACUGUAAAAAUGCACUUAGCUGUAAAUUGAGUGAUUCUGUUCAUCUGUAACGAUUAUUUGAGCAACAAAUGAAACGAGCCGAUGCAAUUAAAACCCUUCUCCAGCAGCUAGGCGUCUGGCGUUGUGAUGUCAGAGUGUGGGCGGGCCCUGUGGGGCGUGAUGUCAUACAGCAUAAUCACAAGAACACUUGCCUGCUUGUAAAUGCAGUAAUAAAUCAAUUUAAUAUAUUGUA